UUUUUCCAAAAGCUCCAACGGAGCGCUUAUUUUCUAAAAGCUAUUUUUUUUCCUCUCAUCUUCCUCACACGUGAUAACAACAAUACGCUCAAAGUCUUCAUCUAUCUUUUCAGAUAAAGAGCUUCACAGUUAUGUUUGGUGUUCGCGAAGUUUUUCUGUUCAGAAUCGGAGUUGCUACUCAAUUCUGUUUUGGUUCGAGUUUGGAGGUUUCAACGCAGUGCAGAGUUUGGAGGUUUCGACGCAGUGCAGAGUUUGGCUUCGAGCAGAGCUUUCGCUACAGCAUGAUACCAAAUACUACUACAGAAUUGGAAGUGAGGAUUCUUCUCGAGAAUUUUGGGCAAUGAAACAAUCAGCUUCAGCUUUAUGGAUUGUACAAAGUUGCCACCGAAGGAGUGUGUUAUGGACUUACCAAAUUCCUGAGAGAAAGUUUCUUAUUAUUUCCCAAAUCCACAUUCACAAAGCCUGCAAAUGACGACUUGUACAAUUCUCGGUUCAACGAGGAACUGUAUAGAAGUAUUCACUAGUUCUUGAAAUCUGUUACUCUCAGCAUAAUCGUCAAAUGCAGAUGGAGCAAUAGAUUAAGUAGAAUUAUGCAGGUUAGAACUAUACCUUUCAAUCCGUGUUAAUUGUAGUUUGUUUUAAUUCUGCUACGCAACCGUGCUAUGGAACUGCUAUAGUUGCAAUUUCAUAAUAUUUUGUUCAAAAUAGUGUAUAGCAGAAACAAUGGCAUUUUGUUUAAAUUCUGCUAAGCAAUAACUCCGUAGCACCGCAAUUUAACAAUAUUGCAUAGUCAUUAAGUGAAAACUGCAGACGGAACAAUUGAUUAGGUGGAAUUCUGCGGGUGAGAACUGAACUCUUCAAUAGUACCUAUAUUGGUUAGAUUUAAUUCAAUGGUUAAUAAUUUCUCUCUUCGGCACGAUCCUUUUAUCAGGCACUUUCAGCUACCAUAAAUUGAUGCAAAUAUUAACCCUGACUUUCAUAUGUGAUGGGUUAUUCUAUUACUUUCAAGUGUAAUCACUCCCGUUUCUGAGAAUGUAGUUUUGGACCAAGAUAAUUUCUGGCCAACAUUUAUGAUCCAUUCCUCUGUUAUCUUUUAGCUACUGCCAGGAAAAACCUUUCAUCAAAAAAUUAUUUGCUUUCGCUUUCGCUUUCAAUUAUAUCAUUCACUUAAUGACUAAAAUCCUUGCUUAAUACUUGGUUCUGUUUUUCUUUUGUUUUGAAUUCACUGCCUGGUUGGCAGAAGUAAAGCUGAUAAUUGUUUUGAUAUUGUAGACAUGGAAAUAGUUGUAGGUUCUAUCAUAAUGGACAAGCUGUUUCUGAGCUGUACGGAAACAGCAUUGCUGCUAACAAUGACAGACAAGUGAUUUCGCUUGGAUCACUGGCGAAACUAGAGUCGGAAAUCGUUGAACUUUUGAAACAAAGAGGAGGUGUUAUUUAAAUUGCUUCACUUCCAAUGGCAUACUAUGAUAAGUACAAAAAGGCCUUACAGGAAGAAGGUUACCUAGCUGAGAGCCAGCGACAUGGUAAGUCAGGCUGCAAUUUGACGAGGCUGCUGAUUCUGUUGAGAAACAGCAUUCGGCUAAUUGACCGGCCUCGUGGGCAGCAUGCGGUGGUUUUGGCCGAAGAUGCGGCAAAAUUCAUGGGAAAGGCGGACUGUCAAAAUAUUAGUGCAUCACAGCAAAUUUACUUGACAUUUCCAGCUGAUAGCACUUUCUCUGAAGAUAAUGUAUCAAACUACUUUAGGUACGUUUUUGUUCAAGAAUCCGAAAAAAGGAAGACGGCAAUUCUGAAAAGCGAAGCAAACCGAAAGCUCGUUCCGCCGCUACGCAACCGACGCGGACAACAACAACCACAUCGUUGUCAACGCCCACCACCGACCGAGAGCCACCACUCAACCGCAACAGCACCGGCCAGCCUCACAACGCUAUUACCAAUCCAAGCUACCGUGACGCAGUUGCCGAUGCCCCCACUUCCGUUCGGUUCCAAAUUCAUUAAUUUCCCUUGUGACAGUGAUAUUGAGAAAAGGGACACCUUUUCUUCCCCUCCAUGUACUUUAGUGCAACCAUCAAUGCAAGUUGUUUCCGGAGAUGCUUUUGAUGUGCCAGAAUUUGCUAAAAGCUUUUGCCCUCCGAUAUAUCCUCUUGGAGAACAACAAUGAUAAUUGACCGGAGGUAGCCCUCUAAUAUGCUUCCACGCUCUCCAGAUCAUACCUUUCCCACUUCCACCAUCCUUUGCUUCUCAAACUGUUAUUCACUGUCAGCCACUUAUGAUUCAUCUCCAAGAAGAAUCAUGCCUGAGGAUAUCCUCUUUUCUAGCUGGUGGUAUUGUUGUCAGUUCUGGUGACAUUUUACCAGACUUCUCAGUGAAAUCUUUUAUUUUUACUCUCAAAGGACUGGAUCUUACAGUUCCUUUUGACAAGACCAAAUUGGAUAUUUCUCGAACUGACAUGGACGAUACAGUCCAUAACUCCUUUACAGGAGCAAGGCAUCAUAUUGAAAGCCUUGUAUUUUUAGAUUCAGCUUCAUUGAAACUAAGAAUGCUGAACCUUGAGAAGGAUCCUGCUUGCUUCUGUCUUUGGGAAGGUCAACCAAUUGAUGCUACCCAGAAGAAGUGGACUGUCUCAGCAUCCCAGCUUACUUUGUCUCUAGAAGCAUGCAUAGGUACAACUGGACAUCAGACCUCAGGAUUAUGGAGAUGUGUUGAUCUGACAGAAGCUUGCAUUGAGGUAGCCAUGGCAACAGUUGAUGGAAGCCCGUUGUCUCUAAUAGAAGUUUGUCUUUGCCUACAUGUUAAUUUCUGGCACAUGAUUUGUCUUUUGGAGAAAACCACUAUUGCAUAACUUUGGUGAUUAUACAUAUUGUUUAGUAUUUAGUAGAAGCAAUACAUAUCUAGAGACUGUAUAAAUUAUUUUUUUUUUAAUUUUUUAAAUAAUUUACCUGCGGAUUUACCUGUGGAAACUUCCUGCGGAUUUACCUGCAGAAAUUUCCUGCGGAUUUACCUGCGGAAUUAACUGCGGAACUUCCUGCGGAACUUCCUGCGAAAAUAUUACCCACGAAGGUUUUAGCUGGGGACAAAAACCGCAGGAAAAUCCGCAGGUAAAGUGUUUCCUGCGGAAUUAUAGCUAAAAUCCGCAGGAAAUUCUAGUAUUUCUAGUAGUGUCUGCAUACAAAAAUUAUUUAGGUCCCAUAUAAUAAUUUAGUUAUUAAAAAAAUUAUUUAUCAAUUA